GUAUACUACGUACUCGAUAGCGUCCCGACCUUAGAAAUGUCAUUCUUCGACUAUUUCCGAAAUCUUUUCGGUGCGAAGCGUCGCGACGAGCCUGGCACAAGCGGGCUUGGUGAUUGUUAUUCGCACAGAAACCAUUUUCGAAAUCCGAUUUGGGAGUACGAUGAAGAUGACGAUGACAUGGAUGACUUUAGGCGUGGAACGAGCAUGGGCUUCAAUAUCUCCAGUGAUCCGUUUGAGGCAACACGUCACUUUUUAUCUAUAAUGGAUAAUAUAUUACAUAAUUUUGGACUUGCUGAUAAUUUUUAUUCUUUCUCAGAAGAUAGAAUGGGAGCAUUAGCUCUACCAGCAGAAAAAGAAGUAUCUAAAACAAAAAAAGUUUUACGGGAUAGAAUGUUGAAAUCUGCACCUGAUUCCUAUGCUAUAACACCUGAUCAGAAAGUAGAUACAGACUUGGAUGGAAAAAUCAGUACAGAAAAUUUUUCAAAAAUGUGGCGCUGGGGACAUGAAAAAACAGUAGAACCUCCUGCAUCUCAUUCUUUUUUCAUUGGAAAAUUUAUGAAAACAGAACUUAUACGUAGUCCUGACGGGACUUUAGUACAGAAACAAGUGAUUAGUGAUAAUGAAGGUAAUAAGGAAACAAUAGUCUCAAAAGAAAUUGGUGACCAAAAAUAUAUUGUCACUACCAAAACAGAUAAGUACGGUGUUGAAACCAAAUCCGAAAAUUUAAUUAACAUGGAUAAAAGUGAAUUGGAAGAUUUCAAUAAAAAAUGGGCUCGUUCCGUAAAAGAUAAUAGAGAUGAGCAAAAUCUGUAUUUAAAUUGUUUUCCGUGGAAUAAAUUUUUUGGCCCUGGACCAAAAUUAUAAUAAGACAUGAAUAAAGAGAAAAUAUAGUCUAGUUUUUAGGUGUUAAUAAAGUAUAUAUGUUUCCCAUAUCAAUACCUACAAUAAAUCGAUUGUACCAAAGAUAAAAUACUUCUUUAAUUGCUAACUGUAAAUUUUUCUUUAUUUUAU